AGUUAAGCCCAAUAUCAUCGCAUUGACAGUUCCAAUUUGCUAUGCUUUCUGAUAAAAAAAAGUUUGCUCUGCUCUCUGCUCUUUCCUCUCUUCCAAAUUUGUUCGGCCCAAUUCGAAAUCAGCCGAAUUUGGGAGUCAAUGACCCAACGAAAGUCGCAGCAGCAGAAUGAGUGUCAAUGAUGCCGCAUCAGCGCCCAGGAGCCCGACCACCGAAUCACAUACGAGAUCGGCAUCACCGAGAUCUGGGACGAGAACGACCACCAGUUUUGGUGCGCCGCGGUCGCUGCUACCCUACCACUACUUUGCUAGUGUGAGCAACUCCGCCACGAUGCUUCUAGCUUGGCGUUGAUUCUCCCCGGGUUGUAGAGACCGGGGAAGAAGGUCGACGGAGGAAUGAAACCCCCCGGCUAUGGAUGAAUCGGCAAUUCCCCGACCGCAUUUGUCGGAGGCCUGGGCGGUUCGAGAGGCGGAGAAAAUGGGGAAUUCGAUGACGAGUUACGUCAUUGGGAUUGGGAAGCAAGAUGGAUAUAAAAGUGGGCGAUUCCGAGUUUUCGGAGCUCUUCUGGUUGAACAACUCAUUUGUGCUCUCCUGAUUCCAUCCGUCCGCGAAUACGGUCAGCCCAAGAAUGAAGCUUGUACAAGAACUAAGCACCUUAAACGAGUGUAACUCGAAUCCAGUUGCUUCCCCAAGUUCAUGAAAUCGUACAUAAAUCCAUUCCCGUUGAAUGUUACUUCCACCCAUGGCUCGAUCUCGAUCGUCUCCUUCAAAAACUUCCUUGUUGCUGGAAUCACAUAGGGGAAACCAACUUCCUAUGUGAUCAAUGCCAAUCUAGCUCCUUUGGUGACCAACUUGUCGUAGAAGGGCUUGGAGAAAAUCGUUUAUGCUCCCAUUUGUAUUCAUGGAGAAAGGCUUGGAGAGAACCGCCUCCCCUGUAACCGAGUAGUAGGAUCUAAACCGAUCGAGGACGGAUUUGGAUUUUGGGUUGGACUCAUCGGGCAGGAUCACGGUCCUCAAAAUGUCGGAGAACUCGUCGGUGGAGGUGAUGGAAGAAGUGGUGUGGGUGCAGUUGAUCAGAGAUUAAAUUCUAUUUUUUAUU